AUGGUCAUAAGGAGAAGAAAGCUGGGAGGAAAUUGGAUGCAAAAGCGGCCCCGGCCAGCCGUCGGUCCCGUGGUGUAGCGGUUAGCACUCAGGACUCUGAAUCCUGCGACGGGAGUUCAGAUCUCCCCGGGACCUUUCUCCCUUUUGCUAUUUUUCUUUUCAUUUUGUGAGCUCCGGACGGCAAUUUGAAGCAAUAUCUCUUACAUUUUUCUGAUAUUAUCGCUGAUUUUUGUCAUUUUUUGCUUUUCAGUGACAUUCGCUCCCUGCAAACACUGAACAUCGCGUCAACCUUGGCCCAACUUUGCCUAAUCUGCUACGAUAUUUCAAUUUAUACACAUUUAAUCAUAUCCUUUAACAGGUGAGCAUUGUGAUAAAGUCAGGUAAAAUUUUAAUUUUUAAGGUUCAUUUCCUUGUAUUUUCCCACAAGUUAUACGACCAUCUUCACUGAUCGAUUCACUACUUUUCUUGUCGUUGGAAUUGUUGGAAUUUCGUUUGGAUUUUCCUGGUUCUUAAUAAUUGGUGAGUGUUUCAAGAAAAUAGGGUUUCGAAUGAAAAAUGGCCGCAAUUAGCUAUUGAAAGUUAUAAAAAUUUUGAAACUUGGAUGGAAAGGAACAGAGUUAGGAACAUGACCUAAGAUGACAGGGGAAUGAAAUCUGAACGGAUUUUUGAAGAUCUUCCAGUUUAAAGUAAAUAUAUCCAUAAUAUUUUCAAGAAUUUUCACGAAAAAUUAACGGAAGAGGGUAUAUUACGGGUUGGUUGAAAAAUUUUUUUUCUGAAAAAAAAGACAAAAUGAUUGAAUUCAUAUAUGACCUUAGAAAAUAGGUUGAAAAAAAAAAAUCCUACACGAUUAUUCAAGGUUCUCGAUUGGAUAAUGAAUUGAUAUGAGAAAAAUUAAGAAAAUAUCCAAAAAUAGCUUGAAAAUGAAAACUUUAAUGGAAAUGGUGCCGAAUGAUCAAGUUUUUUAGAUCUUCACAAAUAACUGGAAAAUAAACUUUUUCUGGAUUAUUUUGUGAAGCUUUCCAGUUGAAAAAUGGAAGGACAUGAGGAAACAAAUAGGAGAUUUAGAAAGGGGCUUAGAAUCGAACUUUUAUGGGUUUUUUGAAGUUUGCCAGUUGAAAAAUGGGUGGAACAGGAGAAAGUUAUGCAUUUUUUGGAAGAAAAAGUUGGUUUUUGACUUUUUUUUUAGAAUCAGUUCGAAAAAGGAAUUGAGCAAUUUAUGGAUUGCUUGGGAAAAAAAAAUUUUUUUUGAACUUUUUUCUGAUGGCUUUUUGGAAUAACUUAGCGGAAACAUCAAUUUUUUUAAAAAUGUUUCUUUUUUUGAAAUUUUUUUCGAAGAUGUUUGAAUGUGUAAAGAAAAAAAUAUUUCUUAGAAAAAAAUACAAUUUUUCUCACGGUAAGAGAAAAAAAAUAACCGAAUUUUUGAAGAAUUUUUUUGGACCAAUAAUUGGACUCCCCCGCCCCCCUUCAAAGAUUUUCAAAGACCUUAUUUUUUUCUCUCUCAAUUUUUCAAAGUUUUUUUCUUUUUUUCAGAGCUUCUCUAUAAUAUAUGAAAGUAUCCAAAAUUACUACUCAUUCAAAAGUCCUCUGAAAUUUCCAAAUUUUUUUGAAUUUAUUGAUUUUGCAUCUAAACUUCUACUAUUCAAAGAAAAACGAAAAAAAAACGUCUCUAAAACUAAAAUAGAAAAAAACCUAUUUCCAGUGGAUUGCCGGAUGGGAUUCUCGCGAGAACGUUGGAUGUUGGACUACGUUAGUCCGCCUUGCGAAAUGAUCAACGUCUACUAUGCCGAAUUCUUCCGGUAAUCACCUGAUUUAUUUGCUUUUUUAGUUUUUUCUGUUAUCAUUAGAAAGAAGAGGUCAUGAGAAUUCUGAUUAUACCAAAAAUUAAUCGGAAAAGGCUGAAAAUCCAUUAAAACCAACGGGGGAACGAUGAAAAUACAACCAGAAACUAUAAAAAGACGAAAUUUUUCCUCUAUUUUUGAGUCCAUUUUUUCUGACUUUUAAAAAUCUGAUUUUUCUGACUUUUCUGAAUUUUCUGACCUCAAAAAAUCUAUAAGUAGUUUCUAUACACUAUGAAAAAGCUCUUUUCAAGCUCUACCAUGAGAAAAUAAGUAUUCAAAUAUUCAAAUAUUCAAAGUUUUAAAAUAAGAUGAACUAUUUUAGGGGCCUCAUAAUCAUCUCGGUUUUCGCCUUUAUCAAUUGCUGUACUUUUGUCCGUAUGCAUAUCCACAACAGGAAAAAGCAGGUAAUUUUUCGCUUUAUUUUUCAACUAAACAAGCAAAAAUUUAGGCGGCAAGCGCGUUUGAAACAACCCAACAGGUUAAGAGGAGAGCUGUGGAGACGGCUUUUGUGCAGCAGGUUAGAAAGGAAAAUGAAAAAAUAAUCGUAAUUUUCAAAAGGUUUUUGAGCGAAAAUUUGGUCUAAACGACAUUGAGCGAGAUGAUAGGUUGUUGAGAAGCUUUAUCGUUUUUUUAUAACUAAAUUUGAUUAAAGUUUAGAAUUUUGAAAGGCACAGAAGGUCUGAAUUUCGCUUGAAUAUUAUUAAAAAGAUUCAAGACUCGAAGCUUCAGAGUACUAUGAAUGGUAAGCUUUGAAAAUAAGAAGAAAAAGGUUGGGAUCUACCCUUCCAUUUAUUUUCGACAUGUCCUAUAGCUUCAAACUCUCAUUUAGUUCGAAAGAAUCGAGCUUAUUCUGCUCCAAUAAGCAUUUAUUUUCCCAGGUCACCAUGCAAGGACUUCUGUACGUGAUGGAACUCGUCACCUACUUCUACAUCGCCUUAUCUUUCCCGGUACCCCUGGAAACCGAAAAACUCGCCUUAUCGCCCAAUCGAUGGCCCAACUUUCUGCUCACAACCUACGCCUGGAUCUUGGUCCACACUUUGGACGGGUUGGUUUGGAAAAUUUGUAUACUAGAGGCCAUUUGUCUGUUAAUGAUUAAGAAUUUAUUUCGGUUCAAACUAAAAAAAAAUAAGGUUUGCAGAAAUAAGGAGAAACGAAUAAGAUGAAUAAUUAAGCAUAGAAGGCUCUUGAAAGGUCCAAGCGACCAAUUCAUGGAUGCUUUGAAAAAUUUGGGGUUCAGUGAAACGGAUUGGAUUUGAAGGGAUUUUUGGAAUUCGAAAAAUGCGAUUUUUCAAAGAGAUGAUACAGUUCAAGAAGCUAAUAAUUCAUUAUAAAGAUCUAAAAAGGAAUAACUAAAUAGUAAAUUAACAAAAAAGAGCUUGAUUUUGACAAAAAUGUUUCUUUAAAAAUUGAAAUUCAAGGACCCUAGAACAUUUCAUUUGAAAGCCCUUGAAAUGAGGAUCCUGGAAGUACCGGUUUAAUAAACAUAGCUCAAUUUUAAAGAGAGUUAUGAAUUUUUGAAAAAAAGUUUAUUCAAAAACGGGAUUUAGGAUCGGUUUCUUCAACUUCAUGUAAACUUGUUCAUACCCAUCCUCAUGAAAAUUAUUUUACACCAAUAAAAUCUUGGUUUUUAAUAUCUUUUUAUUAUACUCAUUCGAUCAUAAAAAGAAAAUAGAAAUCUGAAAAAAAUUUCAGUAUAAUCACCUUGGUGUUCAACAAGCAGUUUCGCCAAGUUAUUACCCAUCCCCUGCGGACCCACACCACAAUGAACGCCUCAAAAACGCCGUCAAGGUAUUUUUCUAAUAUUUUUUUCAAAGUCUGUGUUUUUUGUGUUGUCUUCUGUCUGCUUGAUUGUCUCAUUUUCGAUUGCAAACGCAGAAUUUUUCUGAAAAGUUCCUAAAUUCGAUAGUCCCAUGUCCGUCCAACUGUCCAUUGUCCUUUAAGUCGAUAUCAGUUCCAAAAUAUUCAUUUUUGUUCUGAGUAUUUGAAAAAAGGCUCCCAGGUCGGUACAAAGGAUCCCAUGAAGGAAAUAUUCAAGUUUUUUCCAGCAGAAUGGACUAGAAUUUCUAAUUUUCAUCUUUGGAAGUUUCAAAGGGAACCAAAGUUUUGAAAAAUCACAUUUUUGUUUAAAAUUUGUAAGAGGACAUCAUUUAAUGGAAAAUACGCUAAUUUGUUGAAAAAAAGCUCUUUUGAAGAGUAUAUGAUUAUAAAUUUAGAACGUUUAAUAUUCCAAAAAUUGCUUCGAUUUUUUUCGAUUAAAAAUCCAUACCAUCUCUGCAAGCAAAAUAUCAUUUGAAAAUUCAAUAAAUUGUACCGACCUGUGAGCCAAAAAUAUUGAUUGAUUUCUGGCGACAAAUGGACGGAGACGGAGCCGGUGACGGUACUUCCCAGAAUGAGAGCAGCCAAAAAUCCUCCCGACGGUCCCGAUCCUUAUUCUAAAUCGUCGAGUUUUAUUCAAAAAGUAUAUUUAUGUGAGUUGCUGAGAUGAUGAACUGAAAGAAGUAUUUUUCCUGAAUCUUCGAAAUAUUAAAACUUUAUAAUUAGUCAAUUUUUAGGAAGGUUUGAAGGAGCAGGGAGAAGCCUGAAAAGGGUCCUAUUACGAAAGAAUUCUCUCUGAGCCUUUAAAAAAUUCAGAAAGCCUUUCUAAGUAGUUAACAGUAGAUAUUCUUGUUUGAGCCCCUCCCUGUACCUUUGAACUCCACAAAAAGAAGUUUCUGAAGUGAAAACUUUUGUAUUUUUAAAAACUGAACCCUGAACCAACUUUUGGUCUUUGAAAAAUUCGGGCUCGGAGUCAAAAACAACCAACUUUUGAUGGUUUUUUUUGAAAGUUAUUUUCUCGAAAAACGAAUUUUUGUAGGUUGAGACUUUCAGGACCUUCAUUUUAUAACAUUAAAAAAUUACUCAGAAAAUUGUAUAAUAAAUCUGAAGUUUGAUUAAAAUAACACCCGGCGUCAGGAAAGUUCAUUCAAAUGGAAGCUAUCUAUAUUCUAUUAGGUACCAUCCAACUCCAAAUAACGUCAUUUCAGAAGCGCCGUUUCUAAAGAAGCCCAACAACCUGUCAUGACGCUUUGAGCUUAGAAAAUCGCUUUUCGUGUGAGCUUGAGCUUUUUCGUCUUUUUGACUGGCCGUGCUUGUGAUUUUCCCUCUUUCCUGUCUUUUCCCACCAAUGUUUUUCGAAUGUUAAAGAAAUCCUAGCCUUUUUAGACGCGGAAAACUCGCCCCAGAGAUGACGCCUCGAAAAAAAAGCUCAAUUUUGGCGUGCACCUUUCUCACCAACACAACUUCCAACACAAACGGCCCGAGCAGCAUUUAA